CCGGAAGUCCCGCCCAACCUAGACGAAACUUCCGGCUAUGAUUGCUGGGGCCUUCCAGGACGGCUCCGGAGCGGCUGUGACGGAAUGGUGCUGCUGGAGAGCGAGCAGUUCCUGACGGAGCUGACCAGGCUCUUCCAGAAAUGCCGGUUGUCGGGCAGCGUGUACAUCACCUUGAAAAAGUAUGAUGGUCGAACUAAACCCAUUCCAAAGAAAGGUACUGUGGAGGGCUUUGAGCCUUCAGACAACAAGUGUCUGUUAAGAGCUACUGAUGGGAAAAAGAAGAUCAGCACUGUGGUGAGCUCUAAAGAGGUGAAUAAGUUUCAGAUGGCAUACUCAAACCUAUUGAGAGCCAACAUGGAUGGGCUGAAGAAAAGGGACAAAAAGAGCAAGAGUAAGAAGAGCAAAGCAGCACAGUGAAGGGCACUGAAUUUCCUGCUUUCACCAACCACUUAAUUGCUAUUUUUCUUUUUGCCACAAAACUAAGUUCCUGGUUACCCUACAGCAACUGUUUUCAUGUGGGAUUAUAGUCAUUUUGGAGAGGAGUGGCAUUGUUUACAGGAUGGUUGUGGUAAGAAGCCAGCUUAUUUUAGACCUGGCUGUUGGUCUGUACUACACGGUUGUAUAUUCUGGGCUGUAGUUUAAAAGUGUCUCAACUGUCAUUGAAGAGCAAUGUAUCAUUAAACCUGUCUGUUGAUCAGUA